CUCCAACCUCACACAUUCCAUCCUCUUCGCUCUCUACACUACACGUAUUCCUCCCUCCAACAACAAUACGACAACCGCCCGUCGCGCACAUAUACGAACGGCUCCAUUCAUAGUAUCUCACAAUGUGACCUCGGGCCAGACGAGUUCGGUCUCCAAACAUUUCCCACCAAAAGCGGGAAGUCCGGCACCGUUUCGCCAACACCACCACACCAAGCCCAGAUCGUCAGGGGCCGAUCACUGGUGGACCAGUCACGGACAUCCACUGCUUCGCUUAAUCACCUCCACCACCCUUCAGGGAAGCCCCUGAACUACCACCACCUGACACAAGUGCUGUGACUGGCUGACAGGGCACCACCAACACAGUCGGAAAAGUCGCCCGAGCAUGGCGCAACACGGACCCCAAGAACAUGGCACUAGGUAAUCUCUGCCACCGGUCAUCGAUAUUAGCGACGCGAGAUUCACAAUUUGGUUGGCCUGUUUCGAACCCGUCAAUCAUGGGGGACGGUGACCCUCUAAAAGGGCAAGGCAGAGUCACCGCGAUCGCAUUUCAGAGACACUGGUGAUUUGGAUGCCCACGACUGGCUGGACUCACGUUGUCCAGAGAGGUAGAGGUAACGUCGGAUAACUCUCGCCUCGCCUCCCUCGGACAGGACAAGGCAAGGCCAAGAGAUAGAGAGAGAGAGAGGCAUUUCAAAGCAUGACCUCAACCGGACAGGGCAGUCAGUGGAGGCCUUGACAGGUCCACCAUUGUGUCCACCCACCAGCCGGGCAAAGCCAACAAAGAUCUCUUUCAAACUCGUUCCAAGCUGGGUGACACUUCACCCAGAAAAGUCCAAAAGCUCGUGUUCAGCAAGCCCUAACGGGUACAACGAAGGGCGCCACAUGGUGGUCGUCAACCAAUGGUGGGGAUUUCCGCCAUCCCGGGUUUGGUGCAAUCCAAUCCGCUGUGGUUCCUGCAUUCGACUUUGUGAUGAUGAUCCGACGGCUUGAUGCCAUAUCCAAUCAUUGCUCGCCAUGAGACCCCAGUGGAUCAAACUAACCAAGUUCUCUUUUUCUCAUGGUGUCCACUUUUCUCUUUGGAGACGAGGUCCGCCUACCCAUGCAAUGAAUCGAACAAUCCAUGACAUCCGUGUUCAGCUGAAAUCAUCCCUUGUUCUCUCCAUCCCAUCUUGCUAACCUUAUAACCAUACGCUCUUUUCACACCUGCUUCAUCCAACCUUUGUUUUCAAUCAUCAAGUCAUUCGCUUUUUUCGACGUCAGUCAACUACAUACACUCGCUCAACACGACUAAUCGUCUCGAACCUACCUAAUUACACACAUCCAAAAAACCAAAACAACCGCCAACAUGCGUUCCACCACCACCCUCCUCCAGGCUCUCUUCGCCUCCUCUGCUCUGGCCAUCCAGAUCACCAACCCCAAGAAGAACGACGUUGUCGACCCCUCCUCGGGCGUCGAGGUGAAGUGGAGCACCGUCAGCACCGACCCCAAGUCCGCCCACUUGGUCCUCGUCAACAUGGCCAGCGGCCACACCCCUUACACCAAGGACCUCGGUGCCGUUGACCUGACCAAGGGCUCCGUCAUCAUCUCCGAGAAGGACGUGCCCAACGACUCGGACUUCCAGUUCAACUUCCAGUCCGUCGACCCCCUCAACCAGGGCAUCCUCGCCCAGUCCGAGCAGUUCGAGGUCAAGAACUCCGACGACGACAAGAAGGAGACCACCAAGAGCGCCGCUGCCACCACCACCGCCGCUGCCACUCUUGUCACUGCUUCCGACUCGGCUGCUGCCACCGCCACCUCCGGCGCUGCUUCCUCCGAUGAGGAGUCUUCUUCCUCCGCUGCUGCCUCCAUGAGCGGCGCUUCCACCCUCGCUACCGUCACUGGCUCUGCUACUGUCACCGCUUCCGGCACUGCCUCUGCCACUCACGCUCCUACCGCCGCUGCUGGCAAGGUCGAGAGCGGCUCUCUCCUCGCUCUCGCCGUCGGCCUUGUUGCCGUCCUUGCUUAAGCGAUCGACCUACCUCGACUUGGGUAGUCAUAGCACCAAUUGAUGGGCCGUCAAGUCUCAUGGGAUGUUGCGUAGUGGGUAUCGGUUCUCUAAGAUCCACCUCGUACAUCCUACCCGCCCAUCAAUUAUUGGUGUGAUAAUAAACAAAGGGAGGAUGGAUGGAUGAUGUCAACAAAGUGGGUUGCUGCUCGUUGAUGGCAUGAUAUCAGUCGGGUGGAUGUAUAUGUACUAGUUAAUUUUGCACUAGUAUGUAUGGGGUUGUAAUAGAUGUUGAAUCGUGUGUGUGGGGGGAAAGUGGAAGAGAUAGACACGCAUUGGGAUGCCCUUAAUGGAUUAUUACUUAGGAAAUAUGCAUGGGAAAGGCGUUUUUGUCUUUUUUUUUCUUUCGGUUUGGGUUUGUUUCAAUUGGCCUUUUCCUCUGGCUUGAUGCUUUGGUGAUUAUGCUUGUGACGUUCUGUGAUCUUGUUUUCCAUUCUUGCUUUGCACGUACAGAUAUCCUUCUCCUUCCCGGUUGAUGUCUUCGUUCCAUCAUAGUCCAUCCCGUACUACAUCCUGUCACAUCCAUGUCCGCUUACCAGUCGCCAUCCCAUACCAUGCCACACUUGCAACCAUGAGAUCCUUCUCCCAGAUUAUAUACAGGCACUUUACCCACAUCUACCAGCAAAGUAUCACUUGUGUUCAUUGCAUAUACUUAUCGUCCAUCAUCGUCACCUACUAUUGAAGGGCCCUGAUAACAACAUUGAUCGCCAGAUCUUCAACGACGACGUACCGCCGAUCAGCUACCUACUAUGUAUGUAUAUACACGUGUAACAACAUCCAAGCGUAGAUCAUAUUCCCGAGUCAAUCCCAACCGUUAAUCAUUCACCCGGAUCAUCACAAGGUAGGUAGGUAGUGGUAGGCAUUGAUUCAUCUAGG